AUGGUCUCUCAGAAGAAACGGCUCUAUAUCGCGCUGUACCCUAGUGGAGUUGUCAACAAUGAAGAGCGGAAAUACCACUGGGCCUUCUUAGUUGGGCCUAAGAUCGAGGACGAGGACGAGGUCCCUGGAACUCGCUAUCACGUCAAGAAUAGCCCUAUGGGACAGUGGACAUUCGAAGAGACAAAAGUGCGGAACGUGAAAAACACAAUCAGCCUGCUUGCACGCAUUCUUAUCGGGAAAAUCGAGGAUGAAGAAAGGCUCAUCAAGAUAUUCCGGGAGUUAUCUAUUGUUCACAAUGAUCCAAACUGGAGAUGCCGUACUUGGGUCGCAAAAGCUCUGGAUGAAAUCAAGAAGGAUGGCAAGGCCGUUGGGACCUCAGUACUCGAUUGGGAGAAGAUUGAAAAGACAGCAAGGAAGUAUGUCGGCGACAAGGCCGCUGGAGGUCGCUACCAGACUGCUGAUGACCUUCGACAUCCCAAACCUACUUGGGAUAUGCUGGAAAAUAAGGAGAGACUGCCAUAG